UCUUUGUGUGUGUGUGUGUGUGCGUGUGUGUGUAGUGUGCGAGGAAGAGAAAGAGGAGACGGCGUCGUCGUGCGCACACGCUGCCACAAUUAUAUAUAUUAAAAAAAUAAUAAUAAUUAGAAAAAUUUAAAUUCCGCCGUUUACCUUGACAGAAAAGAAACUGCCUUCAAGUAUCUGCCUCCAACAUAAACUGAGUUGGAUUCAAGUUAUUCGAGCAAGACUGGGUCACAACUCUGGAUCACUACCACCGGCUGGUAACUUUAUUUAGUUAGCUAAAGUGCUAGCUAACUAAAUAGAAAGUUUUCCUGUCGGCCGCUAUGUCUGCGAGCGAGGAUGACAGGGACGACUAUGGAGCCCCGGAGGACCGGCUGGUGCACGACGAUGAGGAAGAGGAGAUCUCCGAGAAUGAGACUCCGAAGGUGAAGAAGAAGAAGAAGGCCAAGAAGAGUCGAGAGAGCAAAGGCAGCAAGAGGCGGUCACGCAGAGAGGAGCUCGCCAUCAGUUCCCCAGAGCCCAUGGACAUUGGCGGCGUGGAAGAGGCUGAAGACGGCGGCCAUGCCCAGCGCUCCGACAGCGAAGGAAGCGACUACACUCCAGGACGGAAGAAGAAAAAGAGGGGGAGCAGCGGGAAAGAGAAGAAGAGAAGCAGCGCCGGGGCCGAGAGGAGCUCCUCGAAAAAGAAGGAGCCCGAACCGGAGGAGGACGACGACGACGACGAUGACGACUCUUCGGAGCCGAAGUCGUCUUCUCAGCUGCUGGACGAUUGGGGCAUGGAGGACAUCGAUCACAUCUUCAGUGAGGAAGACUACCGAUCCCUGACCAACUACAAGGCCUUCAGCCAGUUCGUCAGGCCUCUCAUCGCAGCCAAGAACCCCAAGAUCGCCGUGUCCAAGAUGAUGAUGGUUCUGGGCGCCAAGUGGCGCGAGUUCAGCACCAACAAUCCCCUGAGGGGAGCCGCCGCGGCGAACGCCGCCCUCGCCACGGCCAACGUGCCAGCCGCCGUCGACAACAUGGUGGCGGAGGUCACGCCGGCCGCCUCUCUGCUGGCUCCACCCGAGCCCCAGCAGGCACCUGCACCACCACCACUCCGCAAAGCCAAGACCAAGGAAGGCAAAGGUCCCAACGCUCGUAAGAAGCCCAAACCAGCUCCGAAACCACAAGAGAAAAAGAAUAACGCCAAGACAAAAAAAGUGGCUCCUCUCAAAAUCAAACUGGGAGGCUUCAACAGCAAAAGGAAACGCUCAUCGAGCGAAGAGGACGAGCCCGACGUGGACAGCGACUUCGAGGACGGCAGCAUGAACAGUGUCUCUGUGUCCGAGGGCUCCAACAGCCGCAGCAGCCGCAGCAAAAAGAAGCCGUCCAAGAACAAACCCAAGAAGAAGAAGGAAGCAGAAGAUGGCGACGGCUACGAGACGGACCACCAGGACUACUGUGAGGUUUGCCAGCAGGGCGGGGAGAUCAUUCUGUGCGACACCUGUCCCAGAGCGUACCACAUGGUCUGCUUGGACCCCGACAUGGAGAAAGCACCGGAGGGCACCUGGAGCUGCCCGCACUGUGAGAAGGAGGGCAUCCAGUGGGAGGCCAGAGAAGAAGCCUCCGACGCAGAAGAGGACAACGGCGAGGCAGGCGAGAUGGAGGAGGAUGACCACCACAUGGAGUUCUGCCGGGUUUGCAAAGACGGAGGCGAGCUGCUGUGCUGCGACUCGUGUCCCUCGUCGUACCACAUUCACUGCCUCAACCCGCCGCUCCCCGAGAUCCCCAACGGAGAGUGGAUCUGCCCCCGCUGCACGUGUCCGCCCAUGAAGGGGAAGGUCCAGAGGAUCUUGACGUGGCGAUGGGGCGACCCCCCUCCCCCCACGCCGGUGCCCCGCCCUCCAGACCUCCCCGCCGACGCCCCGGAUCCCGCGCCGCUGGCCGGCCGCCCCGAGAGGGAGUUCUUCGCCAAAUGGUCCAACAUGUCCUACUGGCACUGCUCCUGGGUCACAGAGCUCCAGCUGGAGCUGCACUGCCAGGUGAUGUUCAGGAACUACCAGAGAAAGAACGACAUGGACGAGCCGCCGCCCAUCGACUUCGGAGAUGGGGAAGAGGACAAGAGCGUGAAGAGGAAGAACAAGGACCCCAUGUACGCCCAGCUGGAGGAGAAAUACCUCCGCUUUGGCAUCAAGUUCGAGUGGCUGAUGAUCCACCGCAUCCUCAACCACAGUGUGGACCGAAAAAAUAACGUUCACUACCUGAUUAAGUGGCGAGAGCUGGCGUACGACCAGGCGACCUGGGAGGCCGAGGACAUGGACAUCCCUGAGUUUGACACCUACAAGCUCCAGUAUUGGAACCACAGGGAGCUGAUGAUGGGCGAGGAGGGGAGACCCGGGAAGAAGAUGAAGGUGAAAGGUCGGGUGAAGCGGCCGGACAGGCCUCCAGAGAACCCGGUCGUAGAUCCGACGAUCAAGUUCGACCGGCAGCCGGACUACCUGGACAGCACCGGGGGGACGCUGCACCCCUACCAGCUGGAGGGCCUCAACUGGCUGCGAUUCUCCUGGGCUCAGGGCACGGACACCAUCCUGGCCGACGAGAUGGGUCUGGGAAAGACGGUGCAGACGGCCGUCUUCCUCUACUCGCUGUAUAAAGAGGGUCACUCCAAGGGGCCGUUCCUGGUGAGCGCCCCGCUCUCCACCAUCAUCAACUGGGAGCGCGAGUUCGAGAUGUGGGCGCCCGACAUGUACGUGGUGACGUACGUGGGAGACAAAGACAGCAGAGCCGUCAUCAGGGAGAACGAGUUCUCCUUCGAGGACAACGCCAUCCGAGGGGGGAAGAAGGCCUCCAGGAUGAAGAAAGAUUCGUCCAUCAAGUUCCACGUUCUGCUGACCUCGUACGAGCUGAUCACCAUCGACAUGGCCAUCCUGGGCUCAAUAGACUGGGCCUGUCUGGUGGUGGACGAGGCCCACAGGCUGAAAAACAACCAAUCAAAGUUUUUCCGGGUGUUGAACAACUACCCUCUGCAGCACAAGCUGCUGCUGACAGGAACUCCUCUGCAGAACAACCUGGAGGAGCUUUUCCACCUGCUCAACUUCCUCACUCCCGAGAGGUUCAACAAACUGGAGGUUUUCCUGGAGGAGUUUGCCGACAUCGCGAAAGAAGAUCAGAUCAAGAAGCUGCACGACAUGCUGGGUCCGCACAUGCUCAGGAGGCUGAAGGCCGACGUCUUCAAGCACAUGCCCUCCAAGACCGAGCUCAUCGUCCGAGUGGAGCUCAGCCCCAUGCAGAAGAAAUACUACAAGUUCAUCCUGACGAAAAACUUUGAGGCUCUGAACACCAAAGGAGGAGGAAACCAGGUUUCACUGCUCAACGUCGUCAUGGAUCUGAAGAAGUGCUGCAACCACCCCUACCUCUUCCCCGCAGCCGCAAUGGAAGCCCCGAAGAUGCCCAACGGCAUGUACGACGGACAGGCUCUCACAAAGUCUGCUGGGAAACUGCUGUUACUACAGAAGAUGAUGAGGAAGCUGAAGGACGGAGGACACAGGGUGCUGAUUUUCUCUCAGAUGACCAAAAUGUUGGAUCUGCUGGAGGACUUCCUGGAGAAUGAGGGUUACAAGUAUGAGAGGAUCGAUGGAGGAAUCACAGGAGGGAUGAGGCAGGAGGCCAUCGACCGCUUCAACGCUCCCGGCGCUCAGCAGUUCGCCUUCCUGCUGUCGACGAGGGCCGGAGGUCUGGGUAUCAACCUGGCCACCGCCGACACCGUCAUCAUCUACGACUCUGACUGGAAUCCUCACAACGACAUCCAGGCUUUCAGCAGAGCCCAUCGAAUCGGUCAGAACAAGAAGGUGAUGAUCUAUCGCUUCGUCACCAAAGCCUCGGUGGAGGAGAGGAUUACUCAGGUCGCCAAGAAGAAGAUGAUGCUGACGCACUUGGUGGUCCGACCGGGUUUAGGGUCUAAGACCGGCUCCAUGUCCAAGCAGGAGCUGGACGACAUCCUCAAGUUUGGAACGGAGGAGCUCUUCAAAGACGAAGGAGAAGGUGAGAACAAAGAGGAGGACAGCAGCAUCAUUCACUACGAUGACAAGGCCAUCGACCGACUGCUGGACAGAAACCAGGACGCCACGGACGACACGGAGCUGCAGAGCAUGAACGAGUACCUCAGCUCCUUCAAGGUGGCCCAGUACGUCGUGAAGGACGAGGAGGAGGAGGAGGAGGAGGUGCAGCGGGAGAUCAUCAAGCAGGAGGAGAGCGUGGAUCCGGACUAUUGGGAAAAGCUGCUGCGUCACCACUACGAGCAGCAGCAGGAGGAUCUGGCCCGGAACCUGGGGAAAGGCAAACGCAUCCGCAAACAGGUCAACUACAACGACGGCUCACAAGAAGACCGAGCUGAUUGGCAGGAUGACCAGUCGGACGGCCAGUCAGAUUAUUCAGUGGCGUCUGAGGAGGGAGAUGAGGACUUUGACGAGAGAACAGAAGCCAACUCUCGCAGGCCGAACAGGAAGGGCCUGAGGAAUGACAAAGACAAGCCGCUGCCCCCCCUGCUGGCCAGGGUGGGAGGAAACAUCGAGGUGUUGGGCUUCAACUCUCGGCAGAGGAAGGCCUUCCUGAACGCAGUGAUGCGUUAUGGGAUGCCUCCGCAGGACGCCUUCACAACCCAGUGGCUGGUCCGAGACCUGCGAGGGAAAUCUGAGAAGGAAUUCAAGGCGUACGUCUCGCUCUUCAUGCGUCACCUCUGUGAGCCCGGAGCCGACGGCGCCGAGACCUUCGCCGACGGCGUCCCCAGAGAAGGGUUGUCACGGCAACACGUCCUCACUCGCAUCGGCGUGAUGUCACUUAUUCGCAAAAAGGUUCAGGAGUUCGAGCACGUGAACGGUCAGUGGUCGAUGCCCUGGAUGGCCGAGCUGGAGGAGACCAAACGAGCCGCUGCCGCCGCCGCCGCCGCUCAGCCCGACUCUCCGGGGAAAACCCCGUCCACGGGCACGCCGGCCGACACACAGCCCAACACUCCCGCUCCAGUUGAUGACGCCUCGAAGAGCGACGAGGCCUUGAAGGAUGGCGAGAAGGAUCUGAAGAAGGAAAGCGAGGCGGAGAAAAACGGGAAAGAUCCCAAAGCCAACAACGAGGUGAUCGCCAUCCCGGACGACGACGAGAAGAGUCCGACGGAGGCGGAGCAGCAGGAGAAGAAGAACAGCAGCGAGGAGCCGAUGGAGACGGACAAGCCGAGCAACGGCGAGGCGGAGAGCGCCAAGGAGAAGGAGAAGGAGAAGGAGGGCGAGGCGGAGGACAAGGAGGCCAAGGAGGGGGAGAGCGACAAGAAGAGUCCCGAAGGAGGAGAGGACACCAAGUCGCCCUCAGAGGCCAAGACCGAGGGGUCAGAGGUCAAAGCCGAGGACUCGGAGGUCAAAGAAGAGAAGAAAGAGGAGAAGCCGGAGAAGAUGGACACGACUCCUCCUGCAGAGGAGAAGAAAGAGCUCAAGGACGAGAAGGAUGCGUCCAAGCCGGAGGAGACGGCCAAACUGCAGAACGGCGACAGCAGCAAGGAGGGCGCCACGCCGGCCGCCGCCGCCGCCACGGCCAGCGGAGUCAGCGAGGAGAAGAAGAAGGCGAAGAGCCGCUUCAUGUUCAACAUCGCAGACGGAGGAUUCACAGAGCUUCACUCUUUGUGGCAGAACGAAGAGCGGGCCGCCACGGUUACCAAGAAAACAAACGAGAUCUGGCACCGUCGCCAUGACUACUGGCUGCUGGCCGGCAUCAUACAACACGGCUACGCCCGCUGGCAGGACAUCCAGAACGACCUGAAGUUCGCCAUCCUCAACGAGCCGUUCAAAGGAGAGAUGAACAGAGGAAACUUCCUGGAGAUCAAGAACAAGUUUCUGGCCAGAAGAUUCAAACUGUUGGAACAGGCGCUGGUGAUCGAGGAGCAGCUCCGUCGCGCCGCCUACCUCAACAUGUCGGAGGACCCCUCCCACCCCUCCAUGGCCCUCAACACGCGCUUCAGCGAGGUGGAGUGUCUGGCCGAGUCGCACCAGCACCUCAGCAAGGAGUCCAUGUCCGGGAACAAACCGGCCAACGCCGUCCUGCACAAAGUGCUGAAGCAGCUCGAGGAGCUGCUGAGUGACAUGAAGGCUGAUGUGACUCGUCUCCCAGCAACCAUCGCCCGGAUACCACCGGUGGCCGUCCGGCUGCAGAUGUCCGAGAGGAACAUCCUGAGCCGGCUGGCGAGCCGAGGACCCGAGACGCAGGCGCCGCCGCAGCAGAUGUCGCAGCAGUAGACGGACGCUCGGCUCUUUACCUCGGAUUUAAAGCCCCUCCCCCUGCCUCACCUCGACAUUCCUGAUUGGUGCACAGCAGAAUGACGGACAGCGCUAAGCUUGAAGCCACGCCUACUUCACUGUUUCUUUUUUUUUUUUUUUUUUUCCCUCAAACAGACUUUACAAAUUUUUGCAGGAGGAUCAAAUCUCCUCCUGAGAAUUGAGGCUGUGGACUGAAAAGCUAUUUUAUUUUUUCUCCUCCUUUUUUUUUUUUUUUUUCAAUUUCUGUAUUAAUAUUAUUGAUAUAAUGUUAUUAUGAUGGUUUUUUGGGACCUAAAUAAAAAAAUGA